AUGGUGGAGCUAUGGCCUGAGGGAUCGGAGGGCCGAAAGCGCCUUUGGGUCAGACUCCCUCCUUCCAGGGAGUGGGAGCCUGGAAGUUCCCUCACGGCCUUCUACGAGCUUGAUGAUGGGGUCCUGCAUCCCGGAAUUAAGGUGGAGCCAUGCCCCCCGCGCUUCUGCACCUCUGCCUGUUUCGGCUGGGGGGCAGGCCUCUUCAGCAUCCUGACCUUAUGCACUGGCUUGUGUGUACUACCCUAUGUAUUGCUGCCGCCCUUGGGCCUGGCCCUGCUCAGCCUCGUGCCGGUGCUGGUGUUCGGGUCGUUUGUACAAUUCUACUUCCAGGAUUCUGUGAAGUUGUCGCAAAUGGUGAUCUCCUUCUUCGAGGCCAUUGCUUGGAUUCUUCCAUUGGCAGGAGCCAUUCUCAUCAUCUAUUUCCCACUUGGCUGGCAAGACUGGGUGAGCAACUGCCAGGAGGUAUCAUCAGCAGAGGAAAAUGUGGUAAAUGCGGAUUGCCUGGGCAAGAGGGCUCUCCAAGCCUACCUGAUGACGGCCUUCCUGGAGGAACUUCUCAAAUACAUCUGUGUUCGACGCAUCCUCUGGUUUCCCUUUGUUGCCGACCCUUGGGCCCUGUGCUGCUACGGUGGCUGUGCUGGUCUUGGCUUUGCCGCACUGGAGAAUGCACUUUACGUGGGUUCCGGCAGCUUGUUUACGGCUCUGCUGCGGGCCGGGACGGCUGUGCCAAACCAUUUGAUGUACGGAUUGCUGCAUGGGGCAUUCCUCUCGGAGCAGCGCUUUUCAUUGAAGUUGAAGCGCCGCUGUCCAUCCUUCAUGCUCACACCGAUGCUGCCCAUCCUCCUCCACGGCAGUCACAACUUUUCCAUCGCAGUGUGCCAGUACGUAAACCUGUGGCUUGGCCUCGCUUUGAUGCUCGUGGUGGCCGUGAGUGCCGUUUGCAUCUUGCGGAUGGCCCUGGUGCGACAGCAGUUCCCCACACUGAACGUCCACGAUCUGAUCAAAUCAGGACUCGUCGAAGCCCCCCACUGCUGCUGCUGCUGUCAAGGUGUUUGUGGAUGGGCGCCAAAGACAGCCCCACCCUACUUGAUUCCAGUGGACUCGCACGCUGGCGGAGUACUGGAGCCUUUAGUCGGUGAGGCCACGCAAGUCCGAGGAGUUGGCAUGGGCACCUUCGAAGCCAGAGCGGACGAGCAGAGUUUGGUGGCCAGCCUCCAGUGCUCUUGCACAAAGGGCAAGUGGUAUUUCGAGACAGUUGUCGGACCGCAUGCCCGGAAUUGUCGGACAGGUUUCGUGCAAGUGGGGUCGAGCAUGACUGGCCAGCUGGGAGGUGAUUCAAAAAGCUGGGGUUUCGGUGACGAAGGCUUGUGGCAUGGAGACGAGCUGGUGCAAAACAGGACCCAUCGGGAACCUUCAGUUGUGGGUGCGCUGCUGGACUUGGACGAUGGUACGCUGAUGUUCAUGGUUGACGGGGUUGCCACGCAGCAGGUGCACAUUGACACCACCACAGGGUGGCUGCCCGCAUGGAGUUUUACCGGGACGUUGGGAGUCCGCUUGGACGGGCGAUUCGCAUUUGAGCCACCACAGGGCUUCUCGCCAAUUCGCAGAGCAGCCAUGAGCGAUUUGAAUGCGUCGCCUCAGGUUGUUGGGAUCUUGCUGUCUGACAGCCAAAGUGAGCUGUAA